AACCAUGUGAAUGUGGAUUUCUGUCUCAUGUCGCUUUUCAUUUUUUUUUUCAUCAUUUCUCUGGCUUUGUUUAGUAGUUAUGACUACAACCGUAGUACUUUUAGCAGUAAACGACGGUUAUUUACCUUAUAUUCCGAAUUCUUCUUCGCUUCGUAAUUUCUUUUUUUUUAUAUCUGCUUUCGCUUGUAUUUCCGUUAUUUUCUGAGCAUAGCUAUUCAUAACCCUAAGCAACGGUGUGGAGGUUUACGCUCAUCGACAACAAUCCAGAUAGUGACUAGAAAGAACUAGAGUAUUGCUCCGCCAUGACCCAGUAAUAUGUAGCUAAAUUAUCUUUCAGUAGUCUGAUCGUUCACUAAAUGUUAAUGUAGGAGAUGUAGAUCUUAUGGACUAGUAGCUACAUGGUUUCCUGAUUUCUAUU